GCUAUGUGAAAUUGACAUGUCACCUGUGAUUGACUUUGACAACUGUCGCUGUCCAUGUCGACUUAAACUCAAUUUUACAAAGUAAACAGCAAAACAGUUCAAUGUAUCCUUCUUGUAAGAUUUUAUAUUUAACAAUUUAGUAAUGUAACAUAAGUAUAUGUGUAGUAGGAAUAAAAACAAUGAACAGAAGAUUGUACACACAUUUUGUCAGACCAAAUUCAUCAACACAAAUUGCACCAGCAUUGGAACAAAGGACAUUGAGUGGAAUAGAAGCUAAGAAACUAUAUUUAGAGGAAGUAAAACAAGUUAAAGACCCUGUGCCAGUUAAAGAAACAUACAGGUUAGAUAAAAAAAGCACUAAAAGAAAAGUUUGCACAAAUGAAGUACAAUAUUGUGAAAAGGAAUUAUUUCUUUCCGUGCAAAAUAAUAAUAUAGAUAAGCUUAUUCAAAUUUUAGAUGCAUUUCCUGAUAAAAUAAACGUGUGUGAUGGAUUUGGAUGGAGUUUGCUGAUGAUAGCAUGUCAAGCAAAUGCUGUGGAUGUUGUUAAAGAACUUCUUAAACGUGGCAUAGAUAUAUCUGUAAGAGACUCAGGUGGCAAUUCUGCUCGUAGCUUAGUUAUCAAGAGUAGAAAUUAUGUUUUAGCAGAUAUACUUCUUGAUCAUAAAUCUCAUGAUGAGUCCAAAGAAAGUGAAGCACCAAUCGACUAUGUAGAUGAAUACAUAUGUGAUAUUUGUAACAAUAAGAAGUUUCCUAAUAAACAACAUCAUUUAUCCUCAACUUUGCACAAUAUUAAUGCAAGCAAAGGAAGAAAAAUACCUACAAAUUAUGUUAUACCUGAAUCAAAUAGAGGUUAUCAAAUAAUGUUGAGAGAUGGCUGGGAUAAAGAGGCUGGCUUAGGUCCCGAUGGUUCAGGUAAAAAAUACCCUGUAAAAGCAACAAAGAAAUUAGACAAGACUGGAUUAGGACAUAAGAAAAAGACAAUUGAAACAAUUUUAGUUGAAGAACAAGAAAAGGCAAAAUCAAAGAAUUUAAAUGCAAGGAAUGAACACAAAAACAAGUUGAUGGAAAUCAACUUUAGAAGACAAUUUUACUAAUUGUUGUUAUAAUCAGUUUUGUUAAGAUGUGCUGUGAUUUAUACAAGCCAAUUUUUAUUACUGUGUACAAAAUAUAAAUAAUGAAUAAAUAAAUUGGGGUCUCUGCUUAUCCCUUUUGGCUAUGGGCUUGAGAUUUGGUGUUGUAAUGUAUUAAAAUGUAUAUUAUUGUAAAGAA